AUGGAAGGGAAGAUAGUUCAUAUGGGACAAGAUGAUACCAGCCUGACGGAAUUUUAUGAUGUGAGGUAUGUUCAUGAUCCUGUGCUGCUGCUUGAUGAUUUGGGUGAAAGGAUUAUUAGGAUUAAUCAGGAUUGGAAAUUAGGAAUAUGUGGACAACUUUGGGAUGCCUCGUAUGUUGUGUCGAGGUUUAUAAAGGAUAUCGAUUUUAGAGGGAAAAAAGUACUUGAAUUAGGAGCUGGGACUGCCUUGCCUUCGAUUGUUGCUUGCAUUGGAGGAGGAGAAGUAUAUACAACUGAUAUUAUGCCAGGGCUGAAAUUAUCCGAGCAAAAUUUAGAAGAAAAUAAAGAAUUAUUCACAGGGUCAUAUUUGGUAAGUGAGCUUGAUUGAAGAAAUGAAGAGCAAAGAGAAAUUCUGAAAGCAAGAGAAUAUGAUUAUAUAGUGUUUUCUGAUUUAUUUUAUUUGCCAGUAAUUGAUUAUUAGUCACUUGCAAAUGAUUUUUGUAACACACUGCAUUAUCUGUGUUCAGAAAAAACUCAAGUGAUAAUGACUUACAAAUUCAGAGUUUCUCAUACUAUUAAUCCAUACUUAGAAGGAUUACAGUCAAGAUUUGAGUUUCAAUAUAAUGAUGAAUUUGUGAGAUCAGUUCAUAAUUGUAGCUCAAUUAGGCUCGCAUUAUUAAGGAAAAUCUAG